AUGAGUGUGACUGGCGACUGCUGCAUCCCAUCAGCGGGAACUUUCCCGAGCAAAGAAUCAACAACUCCCUUCUGGCGGACUGAACCUCAUGCCCUUGAUACCCAUCGCUCUACCAGUGAACUUCCUAAAUCAUGCGACGUUCUCAUCGUCGGUGGUGGGUAUGCCGGAAUUUCUACUGCCUAUCACAUUCUUUGCGACAGAAAACUGCGAAAGAAGUCUGAUGACUUAUCAAUAGUCCUACUUGAGGCGCGACAGGCCUGUUCAGGUGCUACGGCGAGAAAUGGUGGCCAUUUACGUCCAUCAGUCUAUGGUCGACUGCCCAAUUAUAUUGAGAAGUUUGGAGUAGAUGCCGCAGUUGAAGUAGCUGACUUCGAGUUUGAUCAUGUACAGGCUCUGGCAACGCUGGUAGAACAGGAGCAAAUUGACUGUGAUUUUACCAUCACUAAAUCAUUUAGUGUGUACGUGAAUCGAGAAGAAGCAGCGGCCGCUAAAGAGGCCUACAUACGACUAAAAGAAGCUGGUAUAGCCAGAACAACUUUAAACGACCUCGAAUGGACGGAUGAGGACCGAGCAGAGCAGGUAUCGGGAGUAAAAGGAUGUGUCGGCUGCUUCGAGUUCACGGCUGCUCAUCUCUGGCCUUACAAACUUAUGAUGGGUUUACUUCAGCGUGCCGUCGAAUCUGGCCUUAACCUUCAAACGCAAACACCUGCUACCAAAAUUGUUAAAUCUACUACAGAGCCAAAGAAAUGGAUAAUAAGCACCCCUCGUGGUGAAAUCAUAACUUCGAAAAUUAUUUUUGCCACCAACGGAUACACAGCUGGUCUAUUACCGGAGUAUGCAUCUAAGAUCGUACCAUCCAAAGGAAUUUGCUGUCGAAUAGUUUAUCCAGCCGAUGCUCCUCGCUUACCUCUCACCAAAACAUAUGGUCUCUGGCUUCCUAAUGGUUCAGGCGACUACUUAAUACCGCGCAAUGAUAAUUCUCUAAUCGUUGGUGGUGCACGCAGUGACUUUUUUCACGAUCUUUCCACCUGGCACAAUCGCACCGAUGACGACUCUCUCAUUGAACCUGCACGAAAUUAUUUUGACAAUUACAUGCAAAAACAUUUUAUAGGAUGGGAGAAUAGUAGUGCGAAAGUCGAUAGUAUCUGGUCUGGAAUCAUGGGAUAUAACUCUGAUAGCCUCCCGAGCGUAGGACCUAUUCCUGAUCGCGAAGGCUGCUUCAUUGAGGCAGGGUUUGAAGGACAUGGGAUGCCAGUUAUCUGGCUGGUCGCAAGAGGUAUUGCAGAGAUGAUAACUACAGGAAAGAAAUACGAAGAAGUGCGCAUACCUCGAAUUUAUCGUACUACUAAGGAGCGUUUACAAAGCAAUGUGGAUGACAUCAUUAGGUGUCACAAAUUAGCCAGUCAUAGGGAGGCCAAAAAUCACGUGACGGAUGAUUUAGAUCCUGAUUCUAUUAAGCCAGAAAAUAAAACUACCAACGAAAAUAAAGGGCCAUUCGUCAAAAUAUACGAGGUGCAGUGCCUAGGUGAAGCGCUGGGGUAG